ACCGCUAUAAAGGUAACUUUCACAGUUUUGCUUUAUUUUAAUGAAAUUUGUUCAGUGGGAGGGUGCGUGCUCACCAGCGAUUUCAGAGUUUUUACUGCCUGUGUUGUUCUGUGUACAGUAGCUGUUUGAGAUCCUGCAGGAUGCUCCUGACUCACAGUGGGAUGCCAUGGAUUGUGUUGACGGUCCUCAGCCUGUGCCCGGCCGUGUGGAGUGCUUUAAACGUGACCCAACCCUACAAAGUGGUUAGCACCAAUGGCACAGCACAGGUGCGGUGCUUCGUCCAACCCAGACCCUCCUUCCACCAAAUCCAACCCUCCAACGGACAAAUCCCACCGUACCCAUACCCCGACCCUGAGGAGCUCCGCGUGACGCUGCUGAAAGGCCUCCACGGCACCCAGGAACUCUGCUCGUCCACCCUCAGCUUGACAGAGCAGACGGAGCAGACGGAGCCAGGAGUGGAGAAAGACAGAGAGGUGCAGUGCUCUGCCCGGCUGAGAGAGGGCGCUGUGGAGGUGACGGUGUCCGGACUGAAAGCCACAGACACAGACCUGUAUCGUUGUGGGAUCGAGAUCUUCUACCCACCACCGUAUCUGCAGCUCACUGGCAACGGCACACUCAUCCAUGUCUUAGGCAGCUCCGACUGUCCCGUGCCGGAGACUCACAGACAGACUGCAAAGCAGGGCGAUGAAGGAGAGGAGGACGGGGAGAGGACAACAUCAGACACAUCUGUUCCUGUGGUUGUACUGGUGAUACUGGUCAUGUGUGUCCUCAUCAUCAUAAUCUACUUACAGGCUAAACAGUGUGAGCGAGGGAGGAGAGAGAUCAGAGUCCAACCAGCGCCUGACGUGUUUCCCAAGGUGGACGCUGCUGCAUUUUCAUGUUAAAACUGAAAACCACGUGGCGGACUCCAGCUCACCCAGUAAGAGCGUGCGCCCCACGUAGGCUGAGUUAUUUGCAGCCGCCCGGGUUCGAGUCCGACCUGUGGCCCUUUGCUACGUGUCAUCCCACCCUCCCUCUCUCUCUCUCUCCCCACUUUACUGUCUAUCCACUGUCACUAAUAAAUAAACAAAACAACUUAAAAACACACUGGGGAGUCACAAAGCUGUAUCCUAGUAUCUGCCUCAGAGCAGUAGAGCACAGAGAGUUGGAGGAGUAUUGGGUCAGUAUUGACUAUUUAUUAAAUAUCACCUCUGGUGAUGAUUGAGGUUCUUUUUUUAAACACAGUUAUACAAAAAAACCCCACCAGAAUGACAUUUUUGGUGUGUGUACAUAUUUUACUUUAAGCAUAAAACUAAUGUUUACAUUGUUGUGAACACAAUUUAGUAUAUUAAAAGAUGUAGCUUUGCUGGAGUUUCCAUUUGUAGGAGCUCUCUCAUUACUGCAGCUGGAAGGCGUGUUGACUAGUACCGUGUACAAACUACUUGUUUUGCAUAAAAACUGAAUCACUCCAGCUAAGAAAAUGCAAGGCUUUGAAUCAGUACUGGUGCAUUAUGGCUGUGGAAGGUAUUUAUAUUGUUACCUUAUGUCAGAAUAUAUUUUGUUGCCAUUGCAAUGUCACAUUGAACAUAUUCAUGUUGGAUAUUUCCUUAAAAUAAAGUUUCU